CGUAAGGCGCUGGUGCUGCAGCUAGCCGGGAGCGUGCUAGCCCUGUCACGUGAACGCGAGCGGCCACCCCUCGGAGCGCACGGGCCGCGCCAAAACCCUCCACCAUUGGCGCUGCGCACGUCACCAGCCCGCCGAAGACGCAUCCCACACACACUCCCUCUCCGGUUCCGACAUCCUGACAUGUCUUCCGAGCGCGGCGCAUUCCGAGGGCGCGGCGGACGCGGCGGCGACCGCGGGGGACGCGGCGGCGGAGGGCGAGGAGCCCACGGCGGAGGUGCGGCGGGCCAAGCAGAGCGCCCGAAGAAGGAGAAUAUCCUCGAUCUGAGCAAGUACAUGGACAAGCAGAUUACGGUCAAGUUCAGCGGCGGACGGGAAGUCAUCGGCACGCUGAAAGGCUACGACCAGCUCAUGAACCUUGUGCUCGACGAAGUCAAGGAAGCUAUGACCGAUGACGAAGGCAAUGUCCGUUACCGAAAGCUCGGCCUCAUCGUCGCCCGCGGCACCCUCCUCGUCGUCAUAUCUCCCGUCGAUGGCAGUGAAGAGAUCGCGAACCCCUUCAUACAAGAGGAGGAAUGAGGUUACCUCAACAAUGUAGCUCAUGACGAUAUUGGGUUCUUACCUGCUAUUGUUGGAGAUAAGCUUGAGUGAGCUUCGAGAAAGACGCAAUGAAACAAGGCGUACGAUACCCGCGAAGCGAUGACACGAAAGUCUGGUUUCCCCAACGCCAGUGCUCGUUUAUGCGCUGGGAAUAUUCCGGCCGUACAGGAACUUGAUGAGGACAACUCAGGCCAUAGGCAGAACUCCUUGCUAGGGGGGAGUGACGAAGAUAAAUCCAGAUUCGGAACAUGAAAAGCAUGUCAAAGUCUCAUUGUUGCUAGUCCCCGAGUCAUAAAGCAUCAUACAAGCAUGUGCCGCAUUACGAAAAUCCGCCGAUUGGCCUUGAAGAUACUAUCAUCAAUUUACCCCCCACCACA